CAGCAGUGUGGUGAUAUCCAGCAACUCGACGAAAAAGUGAGCCACUUUUAGACGGGCUAGUGGGGCACAAAUUUAUUCGAUUUCAUCGUUUGCAACUUCGAAUUAUUGCUGCAGCAAAACCAAACGGAGCCAAUUUGGGCGCCCUUAGUGCUUGGUGUGUUGAGUUAGUGUUUCGUAUAGUACAUACUGUGUGCAGUGUGCAGAAUCGAUCGAAACGACUUGCCUGUUGGUCGAUAAACUGAGCAAAUACAGAGCGAAAGUAGAGCACGCCUGUGGGACCAUGUAUCCAUACUACGAAACGGAGUGGAGUAUCCUGCCGCCGGAGCACAAUCGAAGAUACAGUCCUGGCCUCACAAUCAACAAUAUCAAACAAGUGAUAAAUGAAACUAUUGAAACUAAUAUUCUAAGAAAACCCAACCCGACACGACUCCGGGAGCUGAUCCGGCAGAUCCGAACGGCCAGGACGGCUGCCGAGGAACGUGCCGUGGUAAAUACAGAAUGUGCCUACAUCCGAAGUACCUUCCGCGAGACGGACUGCAUUUGGAAAUGUCGCAACAUGGCCAAAUUGCUCUACAUUCACAUGCUAGGCUAUCCGGCGCACUUCGGGCAGAUGGAAACGCUGAAGCUGGCCGCCAGUCCCAAGUACACCGACAAACGGAUCGGCUAUCUGGGGGCGAUGCUGCUGCUCGACGAACGACAGGACGUCCACGUGUUGCUGACCAAUUGCCUCAAAAACGAUCUCAACAGUUCGACGAUGUUCAUUGUGGGGACAGCCCUGUGUACGCUGGCCGCGAUAGCCUCCCCGGAGAUGGCCCGGGAUCUGGCCCACGAGAUCGAGCGGCUGAUCUCCUCCUCGAAUGCAUUCCUUCGCAAAAAAGCUAUCCUCUGUGCCUUCCGCAUGAUCCGACGAGUGCCUGAGCUGAUGGACGAGUUCCGGCCGCAGUGUAUGCAGUUCCUGGCGGACAAAAACCACGGGAUCCUAGUAUCGACCAUCACCUUGGUGACGGAGAUGUGCGAACAAAGCGUUCACGUGACGCACUACUUUAAGGCCGCCAUUCCGCAGCUGGUGCGGACCCUGAAGAUUCUCGGAGUCAGUGGGUACUCGCCGGAGCACGACGUCAACGGGGUUCCGGACCCCUUUCUGCAGGUUAAAAUCCUUCGGCUGCUGCGAAUACUGGGGCACGGUGAUCCGGAUCAGUCCGAGAUCAUGAACGAUGUGCUGGCCCAGGUGGCCACCAACACCGAAACGAACAAAAACGCCGGCAAUGCGAUCCUAUAUGAGACGGUGCUCACCAUCAUGAAUGUUGAGUAA